AUGGGGCCAGGCUGGCCUGGGGACCCCUCGCCCAGCUCCGGGACCCCUCGCCCGGCCCAUGCACCCAAGCGCUUAGCCACUGGGCACCGCUGGGUGGAUGUGGCAUUGCCGGGUGGUUCGGGCACAAGUCCUGUGGCCGACCUGGCUCCUGCCAAAGCAUUUGCCUUGGCUGACAGCCCCGACCUCGGCGGCAGCCUGCGGUCCCCAUGCCGGGGCAGCUCGGGGCAGCAAGCCGGGCAGGCAGCAGCCGGUGCAGGCAGGGCCGGUGCAGGCAGGGCCGGGGGCCGCUCCGCUCCGCUCCGCCGCGGCCAUGCCGGGGCUGCCCGUCGCCCUGCUGCUGCCGCUGCUGCUGCUGACCCCCCCGCCGCCCCCCCGCCCGGGCGGCGCCCCCCGGCAACCCCCCCCGCGGGCUGGCGGCCGCCCCCGCCGAGCCCGGCCGCCCCGACGCCACGGGGAUGGGCACCCCCGCGGGGGCUGCGCCGGGAGGCACCGCGACGGGACCCCCCGAAGGCACCGGGGCGGCCCCCCCGAGGAGCACGGCGGCGGCGGCGGCCCCCCCGAAGGGCACCACCGCCGGCCCCCCCCAAGGCGGCGGGGCGAGCACCUCCAAAAGCACCACGGCCGCCCCCCCGAAAGGCGCGGCGGGGGGGGGGGGCCUCCAGCCCCGGCCCCCCCGAGCGCGGGAGGCUGAAGGAGGGGGGCCCCGGGGCCAAAGCUGCGGCGCCCAGGAAGAAGCUGGUGCGGGUUAAAGUCGUGAAGAAGAAAGUGGUGAAGAAGAAGCCGAAGGCUCCGGCCAAGGACUCGGCUGCUCCGCAGGAGCCUCAGUGCCCCCCCCUGGGGCUGGAGUCCCUGCGGGUGCUGGACUCCCAGCUCCGAGCCUCCAGCGACAAGCGCUAUGGCCUGGGCGCCCACCGCGGGCGCCUCAACAUCCAGUCGGGGCUCUACGACGGGGACUUCUAUGACGGCGGCUGGUGUGCGGGGCAGGAGGACACGGAGCAGUGGCUGGAGGUGGAUGCCCGCCGGCUCACCAACUUCACCGGCGUCAUCACGCAGGGGCUCAACUCCAUCUGGACGUACGACUGGGUGACAUCCUACAAAGUCCAGGUCAGCAAUGACACACACACGUGGCAGCCGUGCCGCAACGGCACCGAGGAGGCGGUCUUCCCCGGGAACAAGGACCCCGAGACGCCGGUGCUCAACCUGCUGCCCUCGCCGGUGGUGGCACGUUACCUGCGCAUCAACCCCCAGACCUGGUUCCAGAACGGCACUAUCUGCCUGCGGGCAGAGGUCCUGGGCUGCCCGCUGCCAGACCCGAACAACAUCUACGCCUGGCAGAGCCAGCCCCUGCCCACCGACAAGCUGGAUUUCCGCCACCACAACUACAAGGAGAUGAGAAAGCUGAUGAAGCGGGUGAACGACGAGUGCCCUGACAUCACCCGCGUCUACAGCAUCGGGAAGAGCUACCUCGGCCUCAAGAUGUACGUCAUGGAGAUCUCCGACAACCCUGGGCAGCACGAAGUGGGCGAGCCGGAGUUCCGUUACGUGGCGGGGAUGCACGGCAAUGAGGUGCUGGGCCGGGAGCUGCUGCUCAACCUGAUGGAGUACCUGUGCCGGGAGUUUCGGCUGGGCAACCCCCGCGUGGUGCAGCUGGUCACCGAGACCCGCAUCCACCUCCUGCCCUCCAUGAACCCCGACGGCUACGAGACCGCCUACAAGCUGGGCUCGGAGCUGUCGGGCUGGGCCAUGGGCCGCUGGACCUACGAGGGCAUCGUCAACCACAACUUCGCCGACCUCAACACGGCGCUGUGGGACGCCGAGGACAACGACCUGGUGCCCCACGAGUUCCCCAACCAUUACAUCCCCAUCCCCGAGUACUACACCUUCGCCAACGCCACGGUGGCCCCCGAGACGCGGGCAGUGAUCGAUUGGAUGCAGCGGUACCCCUUCGUGCUGAGCGCCAACCUGCACGGGGGGGAGCUGGUGGUCACCUACCCCUUCGACAUGACCCGCACUUACUGGAAGGCGCAGGAGCUGACCCCGACCGCCGACGAUGGGGUCUUCCGCUGGCUGGCCACCGUCUACGCCACCUCCAACCUGGCCAUGGCCAGCGAGGAGCGGCGACUCUGCCACUACGACGACUUCACCCGCUUCGGCAACAUCAUCAACGGGGCCAACUGGCACACGGUGCCCGGCAGCAUGAACGACUUCAGCUACCUGCACACUAACUGCUUCGAGAUCACGGUGGAGCUCUCCUGCGACAAAUUCCCGCACGCCUCCGAGCUGCCAGCCGAGUGGGAGAACAACCGGGAGUCCCUGCUACUCUACAUGGAGCAGGUGCACCGCGGGAUUAAGGGAGUGGUUCGGGACAGAGACACGGAGCAGGGCAUCGCCAACGCCAUAAUCUCUGUGGACGGCAUCAACCAUGACAUCCGGACGGCCUUCGACGGGGACUACUGGCGGCUGCUGAACCCAGGCGAGUACGAGGUGACGGCGCGGGCCGAGGGCUACGAGGCGGCCACGCAGCCCUGCCGCGUCUCCUAUGAGAACGUGCCCACGCCCUGCAGCUUCCACUUGGCCCGGGAACGGCGGCAGCGGCUGCGGGGGCGGCUGCCCGGGGGCCUGCCCCCCGAUCUGGUGCUGCGGCUGCGGCGCCAGCGCCUGCGCCGUCUUCGCGCCCACCGCCGCGCGCCCUGACCGGGGGGGCUGCCCCGGGGCCGCGGGCUCGGCGCGGGGGCCGGGGGCUGGAGCCCGUGCCGUCGGCAGGGCCGGGAAGGCGCGGGGGCCCACGGGGGGCCGGAUCCGGAGCAGGUGCUCCCGGCGUCGCCGCUGUGCGGGACGCCUUCCAGUAAAGUUGGCUGUGAUGCC